AUGUUGGGUGAGAGUCAGUGUCAGCCAAGAGCCUUUCCUGGCUGCGCGCUGUCCACGCCGAUGCUGCAGGAUCCAGAUAGGGCCUGUCUUUCUAGUGGCAGCUUCAGGGCUGCUGGGGCCCUGACCAUCACCCCUCCUUUCUGCCCCGACUGCCCCGUGCCCCUGGGAGACCCGGCCCCCACACCCUGCAAUGGCAGUGAGCCCACGGUGGACUUUGACCCUGAGGACCUGAACCUGACCAACGAGGCCCUGAGACUCAAGUACCUAGGGCCGCGACGGACGGAGCUGUUCGCGCCCGUGUGUGCCGCGUACUUGCUCAUCUUCGUGGUGGGCACGGCGGGCAACGUGAUGACCUGCACGGUCAUCCUACGCCGCAGGGCCAUGCGCACGCCCACCAACCUCUACUUGCUCAGCCUAGCCACAGCCGACCUGCUGCUGCUGCUGCUGGGGCUGCCCCUGGAGCUCUACGAGCUGGCCCGCAGCUACCCCUUUCCGCUGGGCAGCGGGGGCUGCAGCUUCCGCACGCUGCUCUUCGAGACUGUGUGUCUGGCGUCGGUGCUCACCGUCACCUCUCUGAGCGUGGAGCGCUAUGUGGCGGUGGUGCGCCCCCUGCAGGCCAGGGCCGGGGUGACGCGCGCCCGCGUGCGUCGCGUGCUCGCGCUCCUCUGGGGCCUGGCGGUGCUCUGCUCGGUGCCCAACACCAGCCUGCACGGCCUGCAGCAGCUGCAGGUGCCCUGCCGCGGCACGGUGCCUGACACGGCCGUGUGCACGCUCGUCCGCUCCCGGGUUGUCUACAGCCUAGUGGUGCAAGGCACGGCGCUGCUUUUCUUCUGCCUGCCCCUGGGAGCCAUUAGUGUGCUCUACCUUCGAGUUGGACUGAGGCUGCAACACCAUGGGCGGCUGCCUGACAGGGGCCGCACGCCGGUGACCAAGAUGCUGGUUGUGCUGGUUGUGGUGUUUGCCAUCAGCUGGGCCCCAUUCCAUGCUGACCGCCUCCUGUGGAGCUUCGUGUCGCAGUGGACAGAGGACCUGCUGGUGACCUUCCAGCAUGUGCACGUAGUGUCCGGUGUCCUCUUCUACCUCGGCUCGGCUGCCAACCCUGUGCUCUACAGUCUGCUGUCCAGCCGCUUCCAGGAGAGCUUCCGGGAGGCCCUGGGCCUCGGGUCCCAGAGCCGCCACCUCCGGGCCCGCGGCAGCGCCUACAUCCUCAGCAGGGUGACAACGGGCAGUAGCGUGUGUGCCUAG